UCAGUUCCCUCUUUAGUCAUGCUGGAAAAGCAGCCAGACGAACAGGAGGACGAUGGAGUUCUGCUCUGCCAUGUGUCUGAUGUUGGGGAUUUCUCUGUGGGUUAUGAUUCCUGUACAGGCAGUGAAGUUGUUUUGCUCGUACCUGAUGUUGCAGACUCUGAGGUGUCCUGUGUUUUCAUGGAGAGCUGCAUCUUACCGUGCAGCUUCCAGGGCGGAACUGAUGUGGUCAUACACUGGGUUCAGCUGACUGUAGGACACCUUGUUGUCCACUCGUUCUACCACAACCAAGACCAGCUCGGACACCAGGUCCAGCGCUUCAGAGACAGAACGUCACUGUUCAAGGACCAGAUCUCCAGAGGAAACGCCUCACUCCAGCUGACAGGGGUGGAGGUUCAGGACCAGGGCAGAUACAAGUGUCACCCCAGCACCAUCAGAGGAAACAAGGAUUCAUUUAUCAACCUGAAAGUGGACGCUCCAGUUGAUGAAGUCGACCUCCAGCAGGUAGAAAACAGGACCACCUGCAGCUCAGAGGGGAUCUAUCCUCAGCCAGAGCUCACCUGGUCCACCAGCCCUCCAUCCAAUCUGACCUUCAAGAAACAAACUGAAGUCCAGAAGACUGAGCAGCUGCUCUACAACAUCAGUAGUUCUCUGAUACCUUCAGAUACUGAUACAGAUGUGGGCUACAGCUGCACCGUCAGCACUCGCAGAAACAGGAAGAGAGCCACUCUGUUUAAAUCAGGGAAAUUAACCAUUGGUAGAGAUGUGGUGGUUAUAAUUAUUUUGGCUGUCGUCGUAGCAGCAGCAGUUGUUGUUGCCCUGGUACUGCACUGUAUAAAGAAAAAAGGGCAGUGGGACACAAACAACACUUCAUUGAAUCAACGUCUCGUCAGAGAGGUGGAAACCUGACCUUCACCCCUCUGUCCCAGUCACAUAUGCUGACUCUGUUGAAAGACUGCGGGCAUGGAGACAAUCAUUCAUUCAUUCAUAUGGAAAACAAGCAGGAGAGACAAAUGACCUUCUUCACCAGAGACUGAAUGUUUUGAUGUUACUCCACAUUCAUGUGUUGUGGAGAAAGUAAAAUCUUUCUCUGUGGUGGAAAACAUCAGGAGCCAUCGUGAGAGACAUGAGAUGCUGACAUGAACUUCCUCAGGGAACUUUUAUUUCUGUCAUCAAGUGUACAGUCACAUGACUGUGGGGGCAGUUUAAAGUACAUCCUCUUUUCCACAUUGCUUAGUAACAAUUGCUACAACUGUCCACUGAUUUGUGCAAAUGUAUAAAAACACCUUUGUUGUUUA